CAUGUGUUUCUAUGACUGUGUCGAGCAAAUCUCAUUGGCUAAACCCAACUGGAAGGAAUGAAAGAUGGAUUGGAGGGUAGAGGGAGGAGGGGGGAAGGGAGGAGGAAGAGGAGGAGGUGGUGGUGGCAGAGGAGGAGAGAAAGAGAGGUAGAGAGAGAGAGAGAAAGAGAGAGAGAAAGAGAGAGAUUGGAAAGAUGCAACUGCUCUGCCUCUGUUCUGCCUCAGCAGCUCCUUGACAGGCAAAAGAGAGAGAGAGAGAGAGAGAGAGAGAGAGAAGGAGAGGGAGGGAGAGUGAGAGAGAGAGAGAGAGAGAGAGAGAGAGAGAGCAAAAACAGUGUGCUCUGCGAGGUAGUGGAUCAGACUCGGCGACAGCAACACGCGGCACAUGGAGCGCAGUGGCGAGAAACGGAGCAGCUCUUUACGCCGCGCCUCCGCCCAGCAGUGCUCUCGGAGCGAGUGCACAGGGACAGCCCCUCUCCGCUCCACCUGACCAGCCUCCACCCAGCAGUGCUCUCGGAGCCAGCGCACAAGGACAGCCCCUCUCUGCUCCACCUGACCAAGGCUGCCCAGGGAGGACACAGGAGACACGGCGCACCUGUUCUUUCUUUUCCCUUGUUUUUAUUUUGGUUUUUCAUUUUCUUUCUUUCUUUUUUUUCUUUGAAAUUGCACAGGAACAGCUUUCGCUGAGUGCGCGUGUAAAAGAGAGAGAGGGAACUUAAAGGCAGACUGAAGGACUGAAGGAAAAAAGGACCAGGAGGGAAGGAGUGGAGAUGCGACUGACAAAACUUCCACAUUCCUGAGGAAAAGCUCCGGUCCACUUUAGGGGUCUGUCUCAGUACGUGUGAGGGUCUGUAUGGUACAGAUCCACCAGAAAUCUCUAUUAGAGUUACACGGAGAGGGAUUCUUGUCGAAGAGCGGAAGGCAAGUCAGUGAUCAAGGGGUGGCAAGCGCUAUAAUUACUGACACCAGGCUUCUGGUGGAGUGCUGGGGCUGUACUAGAUGGGGGUAGGGUAGGGUGAAACGAUUACCCUUGUAACCCCGGAAACCCUUUCUCCAUGCUACCCCGGCGCCUGAUGACCCCAUCUCCUUGAAGCCUGACCUCUGACCUCCCGGCGUGGGGCAGACCGACGUUCCCGCAGCGGCCGAGGACCGACCCGCGGGGCCAGCGGCACCAUGCCGGUGAUGAAGGGGCUGUUGGCGCCCCAGAACACGUUUCUGGACACCAUCGCCACACGCUUCGAUGGAACCCAUAGCAACUUCCUGCUGGGCAAUGCCCAGGGUCACCGUGGUUACCCGAUCGUGUACUGCUCGGACGGCUUCUGCGAGCUGACGGGCUUCGUGCGCACCGAGGUGAUGCAGAAGAACUGCAGCUGCCAGUUCCUGUACGGGGCCGGCACCAGCGAGCACGUGGCCCAGCAGAUGCAGAAAGCGCUGGAGGGUCGGGAGGAGUACCAGACUGAGGUCCAAUUCUACAGGAAGAAUGGGGUUGCUUUCUGGUGUCUGCUGGACAUCGUGCCCAUCAAGAAUGAGAAGGGAGAGAUGGUGCUGUUCCUCUUCUCCUUCAAAGACAUCACGGACACCCACGGCAAGGUCCAGCACAGGAGGGAUGAGGAUAAGAGGAGGAGGAAGAGCAGUAACUCCCACCUGAGUGCUGCGCGUAAGAGAGGCCGCUCCAUGCUCUACCAGUUCACCAGCCACUUCUCCAGGGGCGGCAAGAGCGAGGUCAACAUCAGCACGAACAUGUUCGAGAAGCCCUCUCUCCCAGAGUACAAGGUUGCCACAGUGCAAAAGUCCCGCUUCAUCCUCCUCCACUACAGCAUCUCCAAGGCAUUGUGGGAUUGGAUGAUCCUCCUCGCCACCUUCUACGUUGCCGUGACCGUCCCAUACAACGUGUGUUUCACCGCAUAUAACGACCAGGAAACCGCCUCAAGGAGCACCAUCGUCAGUGACAUCGCCGUGGAAAUGUUGUUCAUUCUCGACAUCAUCCUGAACUUCCGCACCACCUACGUGAGCGAGUCGGGUCAGGUGGUGUACGACUCGCGCUCCAUCUGCCUCCACUACGCCACCACCUGGUUCUUCGUGGACUUGGUGGCGGCGCUGCCCUUUGACCUCCUUUACGCUUUCAACAUCACCGUGACGUCUCUGGUGCACCUGCUGAAGACGGUGCGUCUGCUGCGCCUGCUGCGGCUGCUGCAGAAGCUGGACCGCUACUCCCAGUACAGCGCCAUGGUGCUGACGCUGCUCAUGUCCAUGUUCGCCCUGCUGGCCCACUGGAUGGCCUGCAUCUGGUACGUCAUCGGACGCAAGGAGAUGGAGAGCCACGACCCGGAGGUCUGGGACAUCGGCUGGCUGCAUGAGUUGGGAAAGAGGUUGGAGACGCCGUACGUGAACAGCACCGUGGGUGGCCCGUCGGUGCGGAGCGCCUACAUCGCCUCCCUCUACUUCACCCUCAGUAGCCUCACCAGCGUGGGCUUCGGCAAUGUGUGCGCCAACACCGACGCCGAAAAGAUCUUCUCCGUCUGCACCAUGCUCAUCGGGGCUCUGAUGCAUGCCGUGGUGUUUGGGAACGUGACGGCCAUCAUCCAGCGCAUGUACUCGCGGCGCUCGCAGUACCACACGCGCAUGAAAGACCUGAAGGACUUCAUCCGCGUGCACGGCCUGCCGCAGCAGCUCAAGCAGCGCAUGCUCGAGUAUUUCCAGACCACCUGGUCCGUCAACAACGGCAUCGACGCCAACGAGCUCUUGCACGACUUCCCGGACGAGUUGCGCGCCGACAUCGCCAUGCACCUGAACAAGGACAUCCUGCAGCUGCCCGUGUUCGAGGGGGCCAGUCGGGGCUGCCUGCGCUCGCUCUCGCUGCACAUCAAGACCACCUUCUGCGCCCCCGGCGAGUACCUAAUCCGCCAGGGCGACGCGCUGCACGCCGACUACUUCGUCUGCUCCGGCUCCCUGGAGGUGCUCAAGGACGGCAUGGUGCUGGCCAUACUGGGGAAGGGGGACCUAAUUGGCUCCGACCUGCCGUGCCACGAUCACGUGAUCAAGACGAACGCGGACGUGAAGGCGCUGACCUACUGUGACAUGCAGUACAUUAACGUGAGGGCGCUGCGAGAGGUGCUGGAGCUGUACCCGGAGUACGCCAGCACCUUCACCUCCGACAUCCACCACAACCUCACCUACAACCUGAGAGAGGGCAGCGAGGCAGAGGUGCGUUUGGACCUGGCGGACAGUAAGAUCCCGGCUAUUGUGGAGACGUCCGAGGACGCUUCGGACGACUUCUUCCACCUCUCGCCGGCCUCUCGUUCCCGCAAGAACCUCUUGCUCCCCUCCCUGGGCAACCCCGUGCGCCGCACGUCGCUAAGCAACCUGCUAGGCGACGAGCUGCGGCAGUUCAAUGUCUUGCGCCGUGUACGCUCGCCCGCCCCCUCGCCGAAGGUGGCGCCCAAACGAGACCAUGCCCCUCAACAGGUCGGGGCUUUGCAGCACCAUGACAACGGUGGGGGCGGGGCCGGGAGCCUACGCAAACCGGCCAAUCUGCUCAUCCCGACUGUUAGCUGUUGUGGACCCCCGGAUUUAAGCCCCAGGGUGGUGGAUGGAGUGGAGGACAACGGUCGCACUUUUCACUUUAACGUGGAGCAGCACGGAGCCAAAGCCAGCAGCACCAGAAAAGCACACGAUCCUGCUCAGGUUAAUGCCAAACUCUUACAGGACACCGAGGAGGUGAGGCAAAGCAUCAGUCAGUUGAACAACAAGGUAGGAUACACA